AACAUUUUUUUGUUUUACCAAGUGAGUUAGGCAGUUUGGCUGUCGUGAGUGUCGACUGUGUAGUACUUGGCCAUUUCCCGAAGCAAUAACACUUACCUGUCCUUGGCGUGACUCGGUUAUUGCGAGAUUGCAUAGCUGCUGCUUACAGUUUGCACAUCAUUUUCGUCUGUGAGUUUUAACGCUAACCCGAUAGUCAUGCAGGCCAUCAAGUGCGUUGUAGUGGGCGAUGGCGCCGUCGGUAAAACUUGCCUGUUGAUCAGCUACACGACAAAUGCCUUCCCGGGAGAGUAUAUUCCUACUGUAUUUGAUAACUAUUCUGCGAACGUGAUGGUGGACGCUAAACCCAUCAACCUGGGCCUCUGGGAUACAGCAGGUCAAGAGGAUUAUGAUCGUCUUCGCCCCCUCUCUUAUCCCCAGACAGAUGUUUUCCUGGUCUGCUUCUCGCUGAUCAGUCCUGCUUCAUAUGAGAACGUGCGUGCCAAGUGGUUUCCUGAAGUUUCGCACCAUUGCCCAAACACACCUAUUAUCCUUGUUGGGACCAAGUUAGAUUUGCGAGAUGACGACGAGACCAUUGAGAAGCUGAAGGAAAAAAAGCUAUCACCUAUUACCUAUCCACAGGGCUUGCAAAUGGCCAAGGAGAUCAGUGCGUGUAAGUACCUGGAGUGUUCCGCCUUGACUCAAAAGGGCCUGAAACAAGUGUUCGAUGAAGCAAUCCGGGCUGUCCUUAACCCACCCAAGGCGCAAAAGAAAUCAAAGGGUGGAUGUGUGCUCCUAUAAAAAGUAGUCUUUGCAGAAGGUAAUAUUUUGUUGAUAGUUCCUUGAUAAAAGUACAGACCUGCAAUGAGUUUGUUCACACCAUUCGAAUCAUUCCACCAGUUCAGAUCAGCCCUGGUGUUGACAAUUUCCCAGUGUAAUCCCCUGUCUUAUCUGUUUUUAAUUUUCACAUCUAUUUGUUUUGCGAGCUCCUCGCCCUCCUUCUUUCAGCCUAUGCGUGUGAAUUGCUUGGUAAUAACAUCAGUAAUUUCCUACUGCUGAAUGAUAAUACUGCUGUCUUUGAACAUCUUUAAUGAAUGCAGGAUGCAUGCCGCCAUGCUUAUGCACAUUGUAUGUUUGGUGCCGAGUUCAUAGAACUGCGCAUGCUCUGCGUCAGGCUAGUUGGUCUUGGCAUCAUGUCAGCUACUUCCAGCAUGUUCGCGUGCGACAUUAUACUACAAGGGCCUUUCGCAGUUUAUUGCUUUGCACUGUGCACCGGUUUUCUGUUUCAUUCUCUUCAACCAGUCUGUGAUACUGGCAUGUGCACAGUUUAUCAUCUCGCACAGCUUACCGCUAAGAACUUCUUGCGGUUUCUGCUUGCGACGCCGCAGCAGCUGUGCAGAAACAUGAAUGUGAGUCAAGCUAGAUCAGUUCUCCCGCUGUCACCUCGUGCUAACCAUUGCUUUACCAUUGCUGUCAUAGCUGCUGCCAUCGUGGCACUCUUUUCUUUUUGUUUGUUUAGCAUAGUGUCGAUCGCUGACUUGUUUUUGGCCAUCUCACAGUAAGUUAUUAUGCUGUGUUGAGCACAUAACACUGUCGUCAUCUUUCUGAUCACCAUGAUCAUCAUCAGCCUUCUGUGGAUAUUGUAGGUUGCAAAUUGUCAUCAUAUGUUCCCAUUCUCAGAGUUUUAAAAAUUGUCCUGAAAGCAAUCAGGAGUAUAUUUGCAAUUACCGGUAACUUUC